GUGGAAUAAUGUACAUGUGCAACACCCAGCUCCAGGGGUCCCGAGCGCUGGCCGAUGGCGAUGCGGGACCAGCGCAGCAGCAGCGGCGCUAAGUGUCACUGGGCUGCAGCUCGCAUCCGCUCCGCUUGAGUCUCCGGGGUUUAUCCGCAGGCACUCGGAAAAGGGAGACACACUGCUCGAGGAAAACAAGUUUUAUCGACACACACAUAUAUAUAAAAUAAAUCGUAGCUCCGCUUGUGCUUCGUGACCUGUUGGACAUAAUGGUUUGCGGAAGAUGGGAGCAAUUUGCACGCAGGCUGGCGUCUCCCCAGUGAAGUGUCUCCCAGAGAGGGUGAAGAUUGUGGAAGUUGGUCCCAGGGAUGGGCUUCAGAAUGAGAAGACCAUUGUCCCUGCUGAGGUGAAGAUACGGCUGAUUGACAUGCUUUCAGAGGCGGGUCUUCCUGUCAUUGAGGCAACUAGCUUUGUCUCCCCGAAGUGGGUCCCUCAGAUGGCUGACCAGAUGGAGGUCAUGCAGGGUAUCCGCAAGCACCCGGGAGUUAGCUACCCUGUCCUCGCCCCCAACCUCAAGGGCUUCCAAGCUGCCGUGAAGGCAGAUGCCAGAGAGGUGGCCAUUUUCGGUGCCGCCUCAGAGCUCUUCAGCAAAAAAAACAUCAACUGCUCCAUUGAGGAGAGCCUGCAGCGCUUUGAGGAGGUCACAAGGGCGGCGCAAGAGGCUGGGGUGCUGGUCAGGGGGUAUGUGUCCUGUGUGCUCGGCUGCCCCUAUGAAGGGAAGGUCAGCCCUGAGAAAGUAGCUCAGGUGGCCAAGAGGAUGUACUCCAUGGGCUGCUAUGAGAUCUCUCUGGGUGACACUAUCGGCGUGGGCACGCCUGGCAGCAUGCGGGAGAUGCUGUGCGCGGUGACCAAAGAGGUGCCCGUCGACGCCUUGGCGGUGCACUGCCACGACACCUACGGCCAAGCUCUCGCCAACAUCCUCGUCGCGCUGCAGAUGGGAGUGAGUGUGGUGGACUCGUCAGUGGCCGGGCUGGGGGGCUGUCCGUACGCUCAGGGGGCCUCCGGGAACGUGGCCACAGAGGAUGUUGUCUACAUGCUCCAUGGCCUGGGGAUCCAGACGGGGGUGGACCUGCAAAAGCUGAUGGAUGCUGGGGCCUUCAUCUGUCGCUCUCUCAACCGCAGGACCAGCUCCAAAGUGGCACAGGCCUUGUGCAAAUUGUGAACCUCAUCUCCCCCAUGCCGCCAGGGGGCGCUGUUUGAGUUAGAGAGGACUCUUCGCACCUCUACACCCAGCCUUGGAACAGCUUUCGGAACCUAGUCCUUUACAUGGGCAGCCUCAGUUCUGAAUUCCUCCCCCCUUAUCUGCUGUAGAUUGUUUUAUCCCCCAGGUCUGACAGGACAAUGUGCUCACAUGGACUAUUGGAAUAGUCUUCUAUGUAGGGCCCUUUAGUUUUGAAUUUUGCAGCACAUGGAUGAAAUCCAGCAGGGUUUUCACACGUCUUUGACGGAAGGUUUUAGAAUGGCAUUAAACGCUACUCUAUUAUCAAGGUUAAUGAAACAUGAUCGAUUUAAAUGGUAUUAUUUUGAACAUGGCCUUUCUUAAACUUUCAGGUGAGGUAUAACAAUCUCUGCGUAUCCAUGUGGGAGCAGCUCGCUCGUGUGUGGGACUUUAGGGCUGAGGCUGUCCCUCAGGUGUGUCCACAGUCGGCACCCCUUCCAGUGACUUUCAGGAGCUGUGAGCUGCUGAAUAUCUGAUUGGUUCUGAGAUCAACAGGUCCCCCCAAACACCGAACUACUGAAUGAAAUCUGGUGGGAUCUCAGCGUCUGUAAAACCAAGCAGAAAGCACUAUUGUGCCGAAAUGAAGAUAACGUAAAUUUACAGUAUUCAUGUGGCAGAAAAAAAUAAGUAAAACAGGACUCACUCAAGGUUAGGUUCACUAAAUGGUAUGUGAAACUCAGUUUUCUUUGUAGAUGUCUGGGCACAAACCACAGGUAAGAUGUCCUCUUGAGAAUGUAAGUGAUUAACCUUACCUGUUGUUUCGACACUAAAAGACAGCGGUUGCUACAAAUGGUCCCAGCAGAAUCACCAGGGACUGGAGCUGCAGUGUGAAGCACGUAUUGAAAAGUAAUCGCGUGUCGUGAUCUGAAACUUUAUGCGUCGUUCUGUCAAGUCUGAAAUGCAGACGUGGUCCGACAAACCUCCCAGAGCUCAGAUCUUACUCUUGCAAAUGUACUGUAUGUGUGUCGGUGUACUGCAGUUAAGCUUUUGUGCUUCUUUAAAUGAAAGCCCCGAUAAAUGGAGGAACUCUGUACCCUGGGCUUUGAUCUUUUUAAAUCAGAGUGGCUUAAACCGUCCAUGAAGUGCUUGCUUUUUUACGCCUGAUGUAAUUCAGUAACAAUGUAAUAUUUUUUGGACGUGAUAUGUAUCGAAGUGCGUUUUUCUCUGUGGUUCAAAAGGGCGUGUGUAGUCUGGUCGCUCAAGCAGCUGUCUCAUGGCUUUCUAGUUCCAGGGUUCGAUUCAGCAGGACUGCCUUCUGUCUGGAAUCUGCAUGUUCUUCUUCUGCCAGCUUCUCCCACCUUCCAGAGACAAUGGCUUGGUUAAUUGGUCCCUGUCUGCUGGUGUGCAUUUGCCCAGCAUGGAAUUGGCAUCCAUUCCAGCAUUCCUCCUAAUUUGAACCCUGUUCUUCAGGGACAGGCUCUGGGUUACCAUGGCCCAUACUGGGAAUAUUUGAUCUUCUGAAAUGGGCGAUUCCAGUUGAAUUUACUUGUUUUCUGUGUAAUGUGUAUCAUGUGCCAUCCUGUAUUCCAGUGACAGUCCCGCAGCGUAGUGCAAAAGGGAAUGAGUUUGUCUGCUCUCAGCACUCUCAUGUAUGUGUAUACAGAGUUUUCUUUACAUUUAUUUAUUGAUUUUUAACCAUGAUUAAAAUAUUAUAAUAAUUAAUCUCGA